AACCAGGCGCUGGAUGAGGAGCUGGAGCGGGAUGAGCGCGUCUUCCUGCUGGGUGAGGAGGUGGCCCAGUACGAUGGCGCUUACAAGAUCUCCAGGGGUCUCUGGAAGAAGUACGGGGACAAGAGGGUGAUUGACACCCCGAUAUCAGAGAUGGGCUUUGCAGGAAUCGCUGUCGGUGCUGCUAUGGCAGGGUUGAGACCAGUGUGUGAAUUCAUGACAUUCAACUUCUCCAUGCAAGCAAUCGAUCAGGUUAUAAACUCCGCUGCCAAGACCUGUUACAUGUCUGCAGGAUCAAUCGGUGUUCCCAUUGUCUUCCGGGGCCCCAACGGGGCAUCGGCGGGAGUUGCCGCUCAGCACUCGCAGUGCUUCGCAGCUUGGUACGGGCACUGCCCGGGACUAAAAGUUGUUAGUCCUUGGAGCGCAGAAGAUGCCAAAGGUCUGCUGAAAGCGGCAAUCCGGGAUGAUAAUCCAGUUGUGAUGCUGGAAAACGAAUUACUGUACGGUGUUCCCUUUGAAAUCUCUGAACAGGCACAGUCAAAGGAUUUUGUUGUUCCAAUUGGAAAAGCUAAAAUAGAAAGGCAAGGAACUCACAUUACAUUAGUGGCACACUCAAGACCUGUUGGACACUGUGUGGAAGCAGCUGCUGUACUUGCCAAAGAAGGUGUGGAGUGUGAGGUUAUAAAUCUGCGUACCAUUCGACCAAUGGAUAUUGAAACAGUGGAAACCAGUGUUGCAAAGACAAACCAUCUUGUAACCGUAGAAGGAGGUUGGCCACAAUUUGGAGUAGGAGCUGAAAUCUGUGCCAGGAUCAUGGAAGGACCUGCCUUUAACUACUUGGAUGCUCCAGUUGUGCGUGUCACCGGUGCAGAUGUUCCUAUGCCUUAUGCAAAAAUCUUAGAAGACAACUGCAUACCUCAAGUGAAGGAUAUCAUAUUUGCAGUGAAGAAAACUUUGAAUAUCUAAAGUUGUAAAUACAUGUUUUAAAGUCCUGCUUUACAAAGUAGUAAUGGUGUAGGGCAAGUUAUAUGCGUACCUUUGUUGUAUAGUUACAUGAACUUUUGUACAGUGGGGAAAGUAUAGUGACCUUCCAGAAUAUUUAUAUGGGGUUACCCUCUAAGCCACACUCUGUAUAAGCAACACUGUGGUAAUGCUUGUUUGUUCAGCAGUGGGUUAGUGCUGCUGUAUAUGGAGAAUUCUAAAUUC